AUGCAUGAUGACAAAAAAAUUCAUCCAGAUUCAGGCGAUCAGAACAAACCCAAAAUGAUAAUGUUCUACAAUAUGACUAAAGGUGGUGUUGAUACUGUAGACGAAUUAUGUGGAACAUGUUCAGUUUCAAGAUGCCUACGUUGGCUGCUUACAAUAUUUUUUGGACUAAUGAAUAUUGCCGGAAUUAAUGCAUUCAUAAUACACUACUUUAACCAUGAGCAGAGUAAUAUGAAACGAAAGGAUUUCUUGAAGGAAUUAUCAUUAGCCCUUGUAAAAGAACAUGCAGUAAUUCGAUCAAAGAUCACAUCUCUACCCAUUGCACUAAAAACUGGAGUGAAGAGGUUGGCUGGAGUAGAUGUAACUAAUGAACCAAAAAAGUUUCAAAAGAGAAGCUGCAGACGAUGUGAUAUUUGUCCAUGA